AUGUUUUAUUAUUGGGCUCUCCAGCUCACACCCGAUGGUCAUCUUCGCAAUCUGGAGCAGCUGGAUGGUCUUGGGCGUCACUUACACUGUCUCAAUCUACAAUCCUGCCAGAAGCAGCAACUGCAGUGCUCUAUCUCGGUUUUCCAUAUCGCAGUGGAGUGUUGCUUGUUGGAUGAUCCUUGCCUCCCACUGUUCCUGAACAACCUUGCGGUCUCCUUCCACUCUCGAUUUGAACGCUUCGGAGACUCCAGGGAUUUGGAGAAUGCACUCGAUGCAGAACGACGCGCAGUCAAGCUCACGCCGACGGACGAUCCUAAUUUCCCGCGGUUGCUGAGCAACCUCGCGGCCGUCUUAAGCUCGCGAUUUGGACGCUUCGGAGAGUCCAGCGACCUCGAUAGCGCACUCGAUACACACCGACGCGCAGUCGAGCUCACGCCGACAGACGACCCUGAACUCCCGCUGCGGCUGAGCAACCUCGCGACCUCAUUCCUCUCUCGAUUUGAACGUUUCAAGGACUCCAGGGAUUUGGAGAACGCACUCGAUGCAGACCGACGCGCGGUCGAGCUCACGCCGGUGGACGACCCUAAGCUCCCGCGGUCGCUGAGCAACCUCGCGGUCUCCUUCCACUCUCGAUUCCAACGCUUUGGAGACCCCAGUGAUCUGGAGAGCGCACUCGAUGCAGAGCGACGCGCGGUUGAGCUCACGCCGAAUAACGACCUUAAUUUCCCGCUGUGGCUGAACAACCUCGCGAUCUCCUUACACACUCGAUUUGAACGCUUCGGAAACUCCAGCGAUCUGGAGAACGCACUCGAUGCCAACCGGCGCGCGGUCGAACUCACGCUGGAAGACGAUCCUUGCCUCCCGCGAUGGCUGAACAACCUCGCGGCCUCCUUUUUCUCUCGAUUUCGACGUUUCGGAGACUCUAACGACCUCGAUAGAGCUCUUGAUACACAGCGGCGCGCGGUCGACCUCACGCCGACGGACAAUCCUAAAUUUCCGCUGCAGUUAAGCAACCUUGCGGUCUACUUCCACUCUCGAUUUCAACGUUUCGGAGACUCCAGGGAUUUGGAGAACGCACUCGAUGCAGAACGACGCGCAGUCAAGCUCACGCCGACGGACGAUCUUAAUUUCCCGCUGUGGCUGAGCAACCUCGCGUCCUUCUUAAGCUCGCGAUUUGGACGCUUCGGAGACUCCAGCGACCUCGAUAGCGCACUCGAUGCAGAACGACGCGCAGUCGAACUCACGCUGGAAGACGAUCCUUGCCUCCCGCGAUGGCUGAACAACCUCGCGGCCUCCUUUUUCUCUCGAUUUCGACGUUUCGGAGACUCUAGCGACCUCGAUAGAGCUCUUGAUACACAGCGGCGCGCGGUCGACCUCACGCCGACAGACAAUCCUGAUCUUCCGCUGCAGUUGAGCAGCCUUGCGCUCUCUUUCCACUAUCGAUUUGAACGCUUCGGAGACUCCAGCGAUAUGGAGAACGCACUUGAUGUCAGCCGACACGCAGUCAAGCUCACGCCGACGGACGAUCCUAAUUUCCCGUGGCGGCUGAGCAGCCUUGCGCUCUCUUUCCGCUCUCGAUUUGAAUGUUUCAAGGACUCCAGGGAUUUGGAGAACGCACUCGAUGCAGAACGACGCGCGGUCGAGCUCACGCCGGCGGAUAACCCUGGGCUCCCGUGGUUGUUGAGCAACCUCGCGACCUCCUUCCAAUCUCGAUUUGAUCGCUUUGGAGACUCCAGUGAUCUGCAGAACGCACUCGAUGCAGAGCGACGCGCGGUCGAGCUCACGCCGACGGACGACCCUGAACUUCCACGGCGGCUGAGCAGCCUUGCGCUCUCUUUCCGCUCUCGAUUUGAACGCUUUAGAGACCGUAUCGACCUCCAGAGCGCACUCAAUGCCCAUCAAAGUGCCGUGAAGCUGACUCCCGAUGGCCAUCCCGAGAAGUUAGUACGGAUCCGACGUUUUGCUGAUUGUUGCGCCUGUCGCUUCAUGCAACAACGCACGCAACAAGACUUUGACGAAGCUGAUUCAUUAUAUCAAAGUGCAAUGGAUCAGCAUGUCGCGAAUCCGGUGGCGCGUUCUAGUUGUGCAGAAGCGCACAUGCAGUUUCUCACGGAAAACGCCCAGUUUUCUGAUCUUGCCUCACUAUUCUUCGCGCAUUCGCGAGUCGUGGACACACUCCCUGAACUUGUCUGGCUCGGCCACAGUGUCGAACGCCGACUCAAAGACUCUGCUCGUGCAGGCGUGCUUGUCAAUUCAGCUGUGUCUGUUGCUAUCGAGAGCAGGGAGCUCAGCCAAGCUGUGGUGUGGCUGGAAGCCGGUAGGGGCCUCAUCUGGUCACAGAUCGCAUCUAUACAAAGCCCCUUAGAUGAUCUUACAGAGCGCUAUCCUGAUGCUGCAAGCGAGAUGCGCAAAGCUCGCCACAGACUGCAACAACUUGGCACAGCCGCGCAAAUCAGUAUGCGCGCGCCGAUCACCGUCGAUCGACGCGGCCCCACACGCAAUGAGACUAUGGACCACAGCCACUACGUCCUCCCCAUCGAAACGGCUUCAUACCGAUACCAGAAAGCGGUCAUUACUUAUGACUCACUCGUGAAGAAGAUUCGCUAUUUAGAUGGGUUCCAGGACUUCAUGCGGCCCAGGAAGCUGGCAGAUCUCGUUGCGUCACCCGCAUUCCGCCGCUUGAGCGCAACCGCCGUUGUUUUUAUAAACGUUGCUGAAAUGUCUUGCGACGCUCUUGUCCUCUCCAACGAUGGCGCUGUGAAACUCGUUCACUUGCCAGAGCUCUCAAAGGCCGGCGCAGAGAAGUUACAAUCUUUAUGGAUGGAGCAUGUUGGCAUUCGUAGAGGUCACAGACGCGGGGAGACGUCCCGGGGGGACGCGCGCAACAUCUAUGCAUACUCAAACAUCUACGUUCGCUUGUUGAGCCGUCUGUGGUCAUGGGUCAUAUAUCCAAUCCUGUUGGCACUGGAUCUCAUCACAACACCGUCAGGAAAACCCUCAUCACACAUCAUCUGGUGCCCCACGGGUUCCCUCACUCAGCUACCGUUACACGCGGCAGGGAAUUAUGACCAGAGGGAGCCACGUCUCCGAAUCUUCGACUUUGUCAUAUCGUCGUACACUCCAUCCCUCUCAGCGCUACUCAGGUGCCUAGGAAAGGACUUACCCGCGACUCCUCCAAGCAUGUUGCUUGUCGCGCAGUCUCAUAACCCUCGUCUUCGGUCGGCUCCUCUGCCAUGUGUACGGGAUGAAACUGCCUGUCUUCGCGCGAUCUUGCCCGGGGAAGGCCACGUGUUCCUCGAGGACGUGCAGGCAUCGGUCGAGCACACGCUCGCCGCAAUUAACCAGCACAGCUGGGUGCAUUUUGCGUGCCACGCCUCUCAGAACUCGGAAGACCCGACACUGACCGCGAUCGAGCUACACGAUAAGCCUCUCACUCUGGAAACGCUGAUGCACAACGUCUCCAAGAGCGCGGAGCUGGCGUUUCUCUCAGCGUGCGAGACGGCCGUUGGUGACAAGACGAUACCGGAGGAGUCGGUGCAUCUCGCUGCAGGGAUGUUGGCGGUCGGGUUCAAGGGAGUAGUGGCGACGAUGUGGUCCAUAUAUGACCAGGACGCCCCGGUCAUCGUUGAGGCAUACUAUAAGAAGUUGCUUGAGCUGCGUGCCUCUAGAGACAUCCCAUUAGGACACACCGGUGCGGCGUAUGCUCUGCAUCAUGCGACGAUGGUAUUGAAGGAUAAGGUUGGCGAGAAGAACUUCGAGCGAUGGGUUCCGUUUGUACAUUUCGGCGUCUGA